AUGGCUUCCGUCAAGAGCAUGAUCGCUGCGGGCCUCCUCGCGGCGCCUUGCGCCGAUGCCUUUGUGGCACCGGGAACCUCCCACGCCGUCACCAGCCUUCGAGGCUCGACAGCAGUGAAGGCUGAGUCUAGCUUCAGCACCUACUCGGCGCUGGCCGUCUCUGCCACGACGGGCGCUGCGGUGAUGAGCUUUGUGGGCACGAAGAAGCCGACUGCCCGCAAGACCGUGGCUUGCAAGUUUAGCGCUGAGGCACAGAUUGGCGUCACUGAGCCCUUGGGAUUCUUUGAUCCGGCCGGUUUCUGCAAGGACGAGGCUUCCUUCAAGGACUUGCGUGCCAAGGAGCUCAAGCACGGCAGAUUGGCCAUGAUGGGCGCCCUCGGAAUGCUGACGCAGAGCCUGGUUCAGCUGCCCGGCAUGGAGGGCGUGCCGAAGGACAUUUCGGCCUUCAGCACAGGUGCCGGUCAAACGGGCUUCCUCAUCACCAUCGCCAUCAUCGCGGUGUUGGAGGCGGCCGUGUUCGUCCAGGACGACAGCAAAGAGCCAGGAAACUUUGGCAAUCCCUUGCCUUUGGUUGGAGAUGACUACUCGGAUGAGAUGCGCAACCGCGAGAUCAACAACGGCAGGAUCGCCAUGUUUGCGGCCCUCGGGCAGAUCGCCGCCGGCCUCUACACGGGCAAAUCCGCCAUUGAGCAAUUCGGUCUUUAA